AUCAAAUAAUUUUUCAGCAAAUAUGAGGAAAUCUACCCACCAGAUGUUAGUGAAUUUGUGUACAUAACAGAUGAUACUUACAACAAAAGACAGGUGAUCCGUAUGGAACAUUUGAUCCUGAAAGUAUUGGGAUUUGAUCUUUCUGUUCCGACGCCUCUUAGCUUCAUCACUGCAACUUGUGUCACCAACAGAUUGAGUGAAAAAACUAUGUAUCUCUCCAUGUAUCUGAGUGAACUAGCUCUCCUCAACGGAGACAUCUGCCUGGACUUUUUACCUUCAGUGAUAGCAGCUUCCGCCAUUGCUAUUGCCAGACACACCUUGAAGGAGAAAGAAUUAUGGAGCGACAAACUGUGCGAGUCCACAGGUUACAAUCUUGGCGAGCUUCAGCCCUGUAUCGAAUUUUUGACAAGCAUGUUUGCCGGUGCUUCCACUAAUCCACAACACGCCAUUCAAGACAAAUACAAGUCGCAAAAGUUCAUGCAUGUAUCUACAUUGAAACCAAACGAAUCUCCAAUUUUUGGACAAUAAUUUCGUAUGUUUUAGAAACACUUUACCUGAAGACUGUUCCCAGUAACUUGGUACCUUUUUAAUGUGCCUUGAUUUUUACUAUUUUUAGAAUCUCUUUUGAACAUAUUCGUUAGGUGCACAUAUUUCAAGAACUCUUUUCAGUCUAGGAUCCCUGAAUUGCCAGACUUAAUUCAGCUUUUUAUAAAGCCAAUAUUUUGUUUCAAGGUAUUCCAAUAAUCUUAUGUUUUAGUUUGAUCGAAAGUUCUGUUCAAAAUCCGUGUUUAUUAUCGAGUAACUUGUCAAUAAGAUAAUGUUCAAAUGAUUUUUCCUAACUCGAGUUUCAUGGGGUAUAUAUCGAGCUCAAAUGAUAAAAUAAUUAUAUGACGAAUGAAGUGUCUUGAAUACAUCAGAAUUUUUUAUCUAUUUUAAGAGUAUUCAGAAGAAACAUUUUAUGAAGAGGCAAUUAUUUUUUGCCUUGAGUUUAUUUUAGUGGUUUUUUAAGACACACUCUCCAUUGUUUUUGUUUGACUAUCUUAUAUGAUUCUUUAUAACAUUUUCUCUUCAAGUUUUUUAUUGAUGAUCUUUCAUUUAAAUUAUUCAGUAAGAAUAGGGCUUUAUUGUUUGACUUUUUAAAACAUCACUUUCCAUAGUUUUAGUUGAUUAUCUGAUACAAUGAUUAUUUUUAAUAACAUUUUCUCUUCAACUUUUUUAUUGAUAAUCUUUCCUGUGAACUAUUCAGUAAGAUUUGUGCUUUAUUGUUUGACUUUUUCAUUUAACAAAUGCCUAUUGACAUUUUUAUUCAUCAAUUUUUUUCACGUUCUGUAUUUCUUGAGGUAUUCCUAAUUUCAUUGAAGCACGCUUAUUUUGUCGAUUGAAAACACCCACAGUUUUUUGCUAUUUGAAGGAGUACAAAUUUGGAUAUUUCCACAAUGGCUGGUCACAUUUUCCAGGACUCUAAGAUGAAAUCUGAACUUCAAAAAUGACUUACCAAGAAUUCCCUAACAUCGUUAAUUCUUGAUAGUUUACUUCACUUUAGAAAUAUAAAAUAUGUUGUUCAGAAUAUUAUUCUGACUAUAUAAUAUUGUGUUUGAGGACACAAUUUGCAUUUUUUAAUUUUUUCUACACUAUGGUAUAUAUAUAUACAAAUUCAUUACAAAUACAUUAUUUAAUUUUAUUCAAUUUUAGUACUUGAGUCUUGAAAAGUGUAGAUCUCGGCAAAAAUACAAAUCUAUAAUGUGACACACUGUAUAUCACAACUAUUGUCAACGGGAACUUGUCAGGCUAUUGACAAGUUACUCGAUAAUAAACAAGGAUUUUGAACAGGAUUUUUAACCAAAGUAAAACAAAAGAUUAUUGGAAUACCUUGAACGUCCAACUGGAGUGCCGUUGGAAAAUUGCAGUUGUCCGUGGGUUCUGGCAUUUGAGUCCAUGACUUCUGACAGUUGAGAACAUACAUUUACUUUAAUAUUUUUGCCAUUUUAUUUUAUCUUGGAGGAAACAUUUGCCAUUUUAUCGGAAUAGACCAAACCGCAUAUUUCUUGGACAAACGAGAAUAAUGCAAUUUUUUUGUACAGUUUAUAAUUUAUUUUUUAGGUUAGUGUUAAGUAUUUUAGCAUCGAGGUACUACAGUAGACUCCUUAUUUUGCCAUACACCAGACCAAUACUUUUCCUUACUUUUUUACUUUUGAUACCAAAAUGUAAUUUCUACUUUAAAUAUUAUUCAGCA